GUGAAUGUUUCUAGUACUACAUUUAUUCCAACGACGACGGUUAGAAAUAAAAUCUGUGCUAUUUUGUUAUUAAAAAGUUUGUAUUUCCUAGUUGAAUAUUCACUGUUAAACGAUUUAAACUUGAAAAAGAAACAUAGCAAAAGUGUGUGAAAUGCAAAUACAUCUUCAGCAUAAUGAGUGCAAAUGAAUCAAUUGUUAAGGACAUUUCGUCUCUACCGGAAAACGAACUGAUUGAACAGUACAAAUAUCUGGCCGAAAACUAUCGGUCAUUGAAGCGAACUCAUGAGGAAGAACUCCAGGCUAGCCAUGAAUUGCGUCGAAAUUACCAGACCGCUACGGAAUCGGCUGCAUAUAUGACGGCUGAAUUAGAAUCGAUUGAUUCCGUGCAUAAGGCGGAGCUGGACAAACUCAAGGAAAAAUAUGUGCAAACGUUGACAGUACUGAAAGAUUCAAACACGGACCUUAAGCAGCAAAAUUCCUCGCUCGAAGCCACUAUUGACGAAGUGCAGAAGCAACGAGAUUUGUUAAAAGAACGUAUUGAAGAGCUGGAAAAUGCUGGGGCUGGCAGAGAAUCCGUUAUAGGCAACGAAACACUAACGUCGGAAAAAGAAACAUACAUGGAACGGGAAAUGGAAGAACUAAAAACUUUGAUUUCAGACCAGCAGGAAAAAAUUGACACCUUAAUGUUGCAGUUGGUAAAUGCUGAAAGUCGGUUUGCGAGUCUGAAUGAAAAGCUAGAAUGUGUGGAAGAUAACUUAGCCUGCAAACGGCAAGAACUUGAUGAGGCUCGAAUCGUGUUGGAAUCCACGCAGCAGGAGAAUAUGCGCUUGAAUUCAGAGCUAGCUGCUUUGCAAAGCACACCCGACGACCCUAACAAAAAGGGCAAUUCUUUGUUCGCCGAAGUCCAUGACCAGCGCCAGAAGCUAAUCGAGAAGCUAGAAUCCCAGCGAAAGCACUAUCAAGAAAUGAAGAAGCAACUCUCGGAAAGUCAAAUCCAGAUCCGUCGGCUGACGCGGGAGAAUCGGGAGCUCUGCGAGGAGAUACAGGAUUGCAGUGAACUGUUUCUCCGUUCCGAUCGAACCUUCCGCGAUGAGUCUAGCAAGCAGAUCAACGUGCUACGCGAAGAAAACCAGCGGCUGCGUGAUCAGUUGGCUUCUGCCGAGCGAAGACUAAUGGAUAGAACCACUGAUUCGCAUUGGGUUGAUUCGUUUGUGUCGUUCUACAAAAACGAACACUCGACGCUAAAGGCGGAACUGUUUCAGCUGCAGAUGGCUAAACGAAUGGUAGAUGAAAUUUGCUGGGACGCUCAGUGUGACCUGGCGAAGUGGCGUUUUGAGGCCCUCAAGUCUCGAUACGUCAUGAUAAAUCGGGAAUCGCUGCUUGAAGAACACGGCAUAAGCUUUCCUUCGUUUAGUGCAUUGGAAGCAAGCAUUCACAUCGAUGAGCAAGUAAUAGCGAAUGCUAAACCUCAUGUCGCAUUUACUUUCGGAAACGGAUCAAAUCAAAGGACGAACUGUCGGUACCUAGAAGAACUGGAUUUAUUAUCUGAUCUCGAGCCAAAACUUCCAUCGGUAGAAAGCUCAAAAAAUCAGCCACCAAUUGCUAAAGAGUUUAAACCUCUGAUUAAAGAAGAGCCCGUGACUCCCCUAGCGACUCCACUGGUAACUCCCGUUCAAUCUCCAAAGUCGAUUAAGGAGGAGGCUCCCGCAUCGGUAGACGCCAAACAAGACACAACAGAACAAAAUACUAGUGUUCUGGUAUACCGGGAUAUUGUUUUCACACCGAAGGACACCCCCAUUUCAGAUAGUAUGAAGAAGAAACAAGUAACAAAAAUAGUAGAAAAAGUUGCCGUUAAAUGUCAGGAUAUCAAACUAAGUAAAGAUGUGCAACCGAUCGGCGAAAAGGAAAACUUCCCACCUGCGAAAGAUAGUGAGGAAAAAACCCAGCAGCAACCACCGCAAGCCAAAGGUUUCGGUUGGGUAUCGGAGAAGCGUACGAAGCACAACGUUAUCGUAAGAAGUUUUAAAUUUCCUGACAGGAUCACUGCCAAGUCGACUGAGAAAAACUAAAACUAGAAGCAGCUUUAUUCAUGAAAAUUGGUUUGGGUUUGUUCAACGUCAUAUAUCCGAAAUUCAGGAGGUGUUGAUGUUGAAGGUUAAAUCCUAAGCUGUAUGAAGGUAUAUAUUUAGUCGACUUUUCAUUGUAGUUUAGUGAAAUCUAGAAUUAACAUAAUAUUUUUUGUCUAUGAGUUUUUCACCUGCAUGGUUAAUUUGGAUAAAUCCGCUCUAGCCAAGCUUUGACAGUACUAGGAGUGCAAAAGAUUGAAUAAAUUUAUUUUUUAUUGGAA